AUGAGUUGUUUUGGCUGUUGUGAAGAAUAUGACACCAGUAAAAAUGCUGAUGGUGGAGGGCAGUACCCAGUGAAAAACGCUUAUGGAAAUGAUGGAGGCUAUCAUUCAACAGAAGCUGCAACUAAACACCCAGCUGUAAAAAUACAGCCAAUUGCAGUCCCUUCUAUUUCGGCGGAUGAACUGAAAGAAGUUACCAGUAACUUUAGCACUGAGUCAUUGAUAGGGGAAGGAUCUUAUGGAAGAGUGUAUUAUGGGAACCUUAGGAAUGGUCGUGCUGCAGCUAUUAAAAAGUUAGAUGCAAGCAAACAACCAGAUGAUGAAUUUUUAGCUCAGGUGUCUAUGGUUUCUAGGCUAAAACACGAAAAUUUCGUGGAACUACUUGGUUAUUGUGUUGAUGGAAAUCAGCGUGUUCUUGCGUAUGAAUUUGCAUCUAAUGGAUCUCUUCACGACAUCCUUCAUGGGCGGAAAGGUGUUAAAGGAGCACAACCCGGUCCUGUUCUCUCUUGGGCCCAACGUGUUAAAAUAGCGGUUGGUGCUGCUAAGGGCCUUGAAUAUCUUCAUGAAAAAGCAGAACCUCACAUCAUCCACCGUGAUAUUAAGUCCAGCAAUGUGCUAAUAUUUGAUGAUGAUAUAGCCAAGAUUGGUGACUUUGAUUUAUCAAAUCAAGCUCCUGAUAUGGCAGCACGGCUUCACUCUACACGUGUCCUUGGGACAUUUGGAUAUCAUGCUCCAGAGUACGCAAUGACGGGACAGCUCAACUCGAAAAGUGAUGUAUACAGCUUUGGUGUUGUUCUUCUGGAACUUCUCACUGGACGCAAACCUGUAGAUCACACAUUACCUCGCGGACAACAGAGUUUAGUAACAUGGGCUACACCAAAACUGAGUGAAGACAAGGUCCGGCAAUGCAUCGAUGGUAGACUUGUGGGUGAGUAUCCGCCUAAGGCUGUUGCUAAGAUGGCUGCUGUUGCCGCACUGUGUGUACAAUAUGAAGCUGAUUUCCGGCCAAACAUGAGCAUUGUGGUCAAAGCCCUCCAGCCUCUUUUAAAUACUCGACCAGGGCCAUCGGGUGAAAGUGGCUUAACGUGA